CCAGAGUGACUGUAUACCUAUUUUUUUGUCAUUUUUCGGCCAUCUCUCAGAGAGUUUAGAGAGAGAGGGAAGCGGACCCGAAUUUCUAGGGUUUUGCGUAGUCACUUCAUUUCUUCAAUCCAACCCGCAACUCUCUCACUUUAAUGGCUUCUUCAUACGUUGAAGUCAUCGAAUUCUGAUUUUAGUGUUUUACGGCGAGGUAGCAGGUCUCAGCAUUUGAAUUUGAGGCGCUUAAUUCCUCCAUCCAUUACGAUUUUAGAGCUUGUGAUACGACUAGGAUAUCGAUUCUCUCAUACAUGGAUUGAUAGGUUUUCUAGGGCUCUGAAUGGUAAUGUUGCCUGGUGUGUGUAUUUCAUGUUGUUGAAAUGUACGGGACGCAGUUUCGUGAGCUGUGAUUGUUCUUUGGUAGUUCAGUGGGUGGUUUUUGAGGGUGGCAUCAUUACUGGUUUUUUAAGGUGUUUGGUGAUAACAGAAGCCUAGACCUCGGCUGGGGCUCACGUGCUGCUACCACCAAGACUUUUGCGCUCUGAUUUUUUAUGUCGUAAUCGUGCUCUUCAUUAUUGUUUCUAGGGUUUUUCUGCUUCACCUGUCGUUGAAUGGCAGGGAAGUGAUCCAUCAGGUUCUGAAUUGGUGUGCAUUAUUCAUCUAUUAGUUUUGAUUGGGUUUGUAGUUUAUUGAAAUGAAAGUAUUUACAGGGAUGUGAUAUUUCAUUCUUGGAGUCGUUAUUUUCAGUCUCUGAUUAAGCAGUUGAUAGCUGCAUUAUUUCUUGGUUUUUCUGGAUUUUCACUGGAAAUCCUUGAUAAAUUUGGAGAUAUUUAGCUUAUCAAACCAAUAGUUGAAAAGAGAAAUGUUUACAGUGAGAAUGGAGCAUUGCAUGUAGACUAUAGAGUAUCAUAAUGUGUAGAGUGAAAUAUUCUUGUAACAUGAUUGGACUGUGGCAAUCAUGCUGGGUUAUUUGAUUUUGAGCUUAGCAACUUGGUUGGUAUAGGGCAUUUCUUUGACUGAAAAAGCUGGAAAUAAUGGAGAUUUCACAUAGUUUCAUGCAUAUGUCUUCAACUAAAUGUUCUCCUGGUUCAGAUUCUUCUAGAUUGGAUUCGUUUUGUUUCAGUUCAAGACUAACACAAAGGAAGAAGAAUGGUUCUGUGUUUGCAAAACAGAGAGUUUCUGCUGCAUUUAACAAGGCAUACUUUAUGAGGAAACCUAAGAAGGAUAUGGAUUGUUGUUUGCGCUCUUUUAGAGGAUCACAUUGUUGUGUGUUCUUCCCUGAGAGAUACUUUAGAAAUUGUAAGAGUAAUUCAGGUGGAGCGAAUUCUAUUGUAAAAAUGAGUACUUGUGGUCAUGGGUUAUGUCCCCACUCUUUGAAUUCAAAUUCAAGUAGUCUUUUCCUUAGUUCAGAGAACUUGUUAAGAACUUUAAAGGGUCGGCAAAUGUGUGCUCAAUGUCAAUCUAAUGGCCACGCUGGUAAAGAUUCUUUAGCGUAUGUUGAAGGUGGGGAUAAUGCCAUAGAGACGGGUAAUAUAGAAUCAGAUUCAAGACCAAAUGUCAAAAAUAGAGAUGACAUGGUCCAAUUUUCGGAAGAUCCAUUUGAUAAUUUUUCAUCAUCGGCUGAAAGUUCAGAGGAAAAAGCCAACAAAGAAAGAACCAUGUUGGCUGAAUCACCCAGUAUGGAGGACUUGAAGGAGUUGCUUCAAAAAGCUCUAACUGAACUGGAAGUUGCAAGACUUAAUAGCACUGCAUUUGAGGAAAAAGCCCAAAGGAUAUCAGAGACUGCUAUUGCCUUGAAAGAUGAGGCUGUUCGUGCUUGGGAUGAGGUUGGAGUGUCUUCUACUAUGGUUGAAGAGAUGCUGGGUGAGGAAGCAGCUGCGAAAGAAGCAGUUCAGAGAGCAACAAUGGCUCUAUCCAUGGCUGAAGCACGACUAAAAGUGGCUGCGGAAGCUUUAAACCAGGCCCAAAUUCAAGACCCAAAACUCGAAUUUAAGGAUUCAGAAGAUGGCUCAGUGAAAUCUCAUGAACAUACUGAUGAAAAACUAUAUGAACCUGGUGAUAUUGUGCAAGAAACCAGACCUGAGGAACUAGCUCUCUUAAUCGCGAAAGAUGAGAUAAAGGGCUGUCAUGCCACUCUUGCAUGUUGUGAGGCUGAGCUUCGACGUAUACAAAGCAGGAAAAUGGACCUGCAAAAGGAAGUGGAUCGUUUGAGCGAAUUUGCAGAAGAUGCACAAGAAAACGCUGCUCAAGCUGAGGAGGAUGUUGCCAACAUAAUGCAUCUAGCUGAGCAAGCUGUCGCUAUUGAGGUUGAAGCUACUCAGCAUGUUAGUGAUGCUGAGAUUGCUUUACAAAAAGCUGAAAAACUUGUCAUUGGUAAUGGCCAAACUGCCAUUGCCGAGUCCUCUGAUCCAUCUGAUGUUGAUUUGUUGAAUGAUGAAGUGUUGAUGGAGAAAGAAAGAAUUACUCAAGGAGUUAGUGAAGACUCUAGCUCCAGUGGUGAUGAAACAAGUCGAGCUGAGGAUGCUCUGCUCAGUAGUCGCCCUUCUGAAGUGCAUGAAUCAAGUGUGGCAAUGGCUGAACAGUUGGAACUGUCAGAAAAAUUAAAUGGUCAGGACAACAUCAAGGUGGAGAUAGAUGGCCUGAGAGAAGCUGAAAAUGAAUCCGAGAAAUCGAAGGUUUCUUUGCAGUCAAAGAAACAGGAAACAGCCAAAGACAGUGCUCCUUCCAUUGCCCCCAAAACAUUACUGAAGAAGUCUUCUCGAUUCUUUUCUGCGUCAUUCUUCUCCUCUAAGGAAGAUGGGGAGGAGUUUACGCCUGGAGCAGUUUUUCGAGAGGUGGUUAUUACUGCUAGGAAGCAACUGCCCAAGUUGGUAUUUGGGAUCUUGUUUCUUGGUGCUGGGACCAUUUUUCUUAGUAAUCGUUUGGAAAAAGGUGCUCCAAUAAUUCAGCAAUCGGAUAUUGUCACUGGCAUUGAAGAAGUCACCUCCAGUGCAAAGCCUUUAGUACGGGAGUUACGAAGAAUUCCUAAGCGGUUUAAGAAGAUAUUAGAGAAGCUACCACACCAAGAGAUAAAUGAGGAGGAAGCCUCCCUUUUUGACAUGCUGUGGUUAUUGCUGGCGAGUGUUAUCUUUGUACCAUUAUUUCAGAAGAUUCCUGGAGGAAGUCCGGUACUUGGGUACUUGGCUGCUGGUAUCUUAAUUGGGCCAUAUGGUCUCUCUAUCAUACGCCAUGUUCAUGGGACAAAAGCUAUUGCAGAAUUUGGGGUUGUUUUUUUGCUGUUCAAUAUUGGGCUUGAGCUUUCUGUAGAAAGACUGAGCUCCAUGAAGAAGUAUGUCUUCGGUUUAGGCUCUGCCCAGGUUUUCGUGACGGCAGUGGUGGUUGGUCUGGUUGCUCAUUUUGUUGCAGGGCAACCUGGUCCUGCUGCAAUUGUCAUUGGCAAUGGCCUGGCACUAUCUUCUACUGCUGUAGUUCUACAGGUGCUACAGGAAAGAGGAGAGAGCACUUCACGUCACGGGCGUGCCACUUUUUCUGUGUUGCUUUUCCAGGACUUGGCUGUGGUGGUGUUGCUGAUACUUAUUCCUCUUAUUUCUCCAAAUUCUUCCAAAGGAGGGGUUGGUUUUCAGGCAAUUGCAGAAGCUCUUGGACUUGCUGCUGUUAAAGCAAUAGUCGCAAUCACCGCCAUCAUUGCAGGAGGGCGCUUGUUACUUCGUCCAAUUUAUAAGCAAAUUGCGGAGAACCAAAAUGCUGAGAUAUUCUCUGCGAACACCCUUCUCGUCAUUCUGGGGACUAGUGUCCUUACUGCUAGGGCUGGGCUUUCAAUGGCUUUGGGGGCAUUUUUGGCUGGAUUGCUCCUUGCAGAAACUGAAUUUUCACUCCAGGUUGAAUCUGAUAUUGCUCCAUAUCGUGGUCUUCUGUUGGGCCUCUUCUUUAUGACGGUUGGAAUGUCUAUUGAUCCAAAACUUCUUAUUUCCAACUUUCCUGUUAUUUCGGGAGCCUUGUGCCUUUUAAUUGGUGGGAAAACUUUAUUAGUUUCACUAGUGGGUAGAACUUUUGGGAUUUCUAGCAUUGCUGCAGUUCGAGUUGGCCUUCUUCUUGCACCUGGUGGAGAAUUUGCCUUUGUUGCAUUUGGAGAGGCUGUUAAUCAGGGUAUCAUGUCUCUGCAGCUUUCAUCUUUGCUGUUCUUGGUUGUGGGGAUUUCGAUGGCCCUCACGCCAUGGUUGGCGGCAGGAGGACAAUUAAUUGCAUCCCGAUUUGAGCAGCAUGAUGUGCGAAGCUUACUCCCUGUUGAGAGUGAGACGGAUGAUUUGCAAGAUCAUAUAAUCAUAUGUGGAUUCGGGCGUGUGGGUCAGAUCAUUGCACAACUUCUUUCAGAGAGGCUGAUUCCUUUUGUUGCACUUGAUGUCCGAAGUGAACGUGUGGCUAAUGGCCGUGCACUUGAUCUUCCUGUAUAUUUUGGUGAUGCCGGUAGUCGAGAAGUCCUCCAUAAAAUUGGGGCUGAGAGGGCUUGUGCUGCUGCGAUUUGUUUAGACACCCCAGGUGCCAAUUAUAGGACGGUCUGGGCUUUGAGCAAGUAUUUUCCCAACGUGAAGACAUUUGUUCGUGCCCAUGAUGUUGAUCAUGGCCUAAAUCUGGAGAAGGCGGGUGCAACUGCGGUUGUCCCUGAAACCUUGGAGCCCGGUUUACAGCUUGCUGCUGCAGUUCUUGCGCAGGCUAAAUUGCCAACAUCAGAGAUUGCAACAACUAUUAAUGAAUUCAGAUCCCGCCAUCUCUCUGAACUCACUGAGCUAUGUGAGGCGAGUGGAAGUUCGCUUGGCUACGGAUUUUCUAGGAUCAUGUCUAAAGCAAAAUCACAAUCUUCUGAUUCUGAGGAUGGGCAAGUCAUCGAAGGAACCCUGGCAAUAUGACAUUGUACAAGAACUUUGUUCAUGAUUGAACCCUUUUUGGGGUUUGUACAGUCAUUUCUCUUAAUGAAAUGAGAAAAAAGUGUAUAGUUGCGUACAAAUUUGUAAGUGCAUCUUGUUUCUUUUUUUAAACUCCCAAUUUUGAUAUAUUUUCUCUUAAAAUUAUAACACAAGUCCAGUUUUUGAGUUUU